GUAAGUGUGACAGCCCACAAGAUCAGAGUCGCAAAAAUGUUUGCCCUUCGCAGAACCCUGCUCCACGGCCGCCUCCCCGCGCCGCCGGCCACCGCCGCCUCUAGGAUCUCCUCCUUCCUCCGCUCCCUCUCCUCUUCUCCGGGAGGCGAGGGAGGCCCGGAAGAGUGGGGCUCCUCCCUCCGCCCCCACUCCUCUCCGGGAGGCGAGGGAGGCGCGGAAGAGUGGGGCUCCUCCUGGUCCACUGGCAUCACCAAGGACCAUUUUGAUGGGUCCGUCUCUGCCGUCGGGAGGCCUGCCCCCUCCCCGUCCGGAGCCGUCUCUCCGGAGCUGGCGGCCGUGCGAUCCAUGGACGAGGAGGAAGAGAUCAUCCGCGCCGUGGAGCUUGACAAUAAGGAAUCAAAGGAGUAUGUGGACUCGUGGAAAGGCCGGUUCCGGGAGACGUGCGAGCUGCUGAAGCAGGUGCGGGAGCCGGGAUCCCGUGGCGCGUACCUCAAGGACUCGGAGAAGCAGGAGAUGUACCGGCUGCACAAGGGGGACCCCGCAACAUACACCGUGGAGCGGCUCGCCAAGGACUUCCGCGUGAUGCGGCAGCGCGUGCACGCCAUCCUGUGGCUCAAGGAGAUGGAGGAGGAGGAGGAGAGGAAGCGGGGAAAGCCGCUCGAUGACUCCGUCGAGAUCCUACUGGACAGCUGCCCAGAGUUUUUCAAUUCCCAUGACAGGGAAUUUCAUGUCGCAUCACUUCCAUAUAAACCUGACUUCAAAGUUAUGCCUGAGGGCUGGGAUGGCACAACAAGAGAUCCUGAUGAGGUCCUGUAUGAGAUUUCAAUGAAGGAAGACCAAAUGUUAUACGAGGAAUUCGUUCAACGCUUGGAGUUCAACAAGAAAAAGGUGGCAGGCGAGGUGAAGUGUCACAAGUACAGCAGACGACGACCAGAUGACGGAUGGGCCUACAUGGUUGAGAAGCUUGGGCCACAGGGAAGGCGUGGUACAGGAGGGGGCUGGAAGUUCAUCAGUUUGCCUGAUGGAUCAAGCCGCCCACUAAAUGAUAUGGAGAAGAUGUAUGUGAAGAGGGAGACUCCAAAACGGCGGAGGAGGAUCAUUGCUCCUUACAAGUAACAGCAAAGGCAUCUGCUUGUCCUAAUGCGUGUUUUCUGAACGAUGUUUUGACGUUCCCCAGGGAAGCAGAAAUCGUGAGAGAGAUCGUAACCACCAGCACUUAUCAUGUUUUGUUACAGCGGGGUAGGUGGUUUUAUGUAUUCUUGUCAUUUGUAACAAGUUUCAUUCCCCACUUUUAGGCAGCUGAAUAACAUCCUUGGACUGUUGGCAUGUCUCCUUCUCCACACAUUGCCAACAUUUGGUAGUCAGUACUUGAGUUGGCAGACUUGAAUUGGCAGGCAGCACACUUUGUGGUCAAUAUUUCAUAAUAUCACCUGUUGCAAUGCCUUGCAUAGUUUUUGUUUGAA